AUGAGCCUGUACAAUAACAUCGUGGAUCUCAUUAAGAACAAAAAGGAGGUCAUAAAGGAGGAAAAGAAGCAGAGGGCUCUGAGCUGCCGCUAUGGAAAGAGCGGCACGCGGGUCAGCAGCGUGAGAGGGAGCAGCGUGAGGGGAAACAACGUGCGGGGAAACAACGUGCGGGGGAGCACCCCGCAUAACGACCCCGAUGCCCAACUCACGCGUAACGCUCUCGUAAAAAGCUUCCUCUCUGCACACAAACAAAUAAAGGAAAUACUGACCCUCAAGGACGUGUCUCUUCAAACAGCAACGUACAUCCUCAAUGCCCAGCUAGACAAAAUUGAAAUGAUAAAAAAGUGCGACAUGUGGAAAACCGUCCCUUAUGUACAUCAAAAGGCAGCGGACGAACUUUUGGUGAGGAAAAGGGAGUACUUAAAAAAUUUACAAAAAUGCCAUGGGAAGAAGAAUGUACAGGCGGACGGGACACAGGGGGAGAAGACUUCCUUUAAUAAAGUUGAUGUUAAAAACUCUAGGUCGAGAUCAGUCUAUCAUGACAAGGUGAACAACUCAGUUCGCUUCAACAAUCUUAUUCGUACUUGCUCCCACCGACAGGUGGGUGCCCGUGAAUUUGUCACAAAUUUUAAGGGCGUAACGGCAGGGGUACCUGAGGAACAGGGGUGGACCAGCUGCAUCUCCACGAAAUUGAACAGGGAGGACACAACAAGGAGUGAACGUAGCGGCGGAGUUAGUAGUAUUGGCAUCAUCAAGGCAGCCUCGUCAAGUGAAGCGACAAAUGCUAGCGGACGUAUUGUGAAUUACCGAGGCUGCUUCUACGCUGGCGCACCCCCUGAGAGUGACCCCUCCGAAGUUGGUUGCACCUUGGGCAACUGCCUGUACUAUUAUGAGAACGGGGGGGAGGGGGAAACGGGGGAAGAGACCAAGGUGGGUGGAGGAAAGAAUGCUAAGCACGACAAAAUGAAGAGAGAGAAGACUGGAGGAGCCGAACCCACGCACAAACCCACCCACCAGAAUAAUCCCCUGCACAAGAAGGAAUUAAAAAAAGCACAAGGGAAAGAUGAAGAGCGUCAUCUAGCGAAAGACGGACUGCUGCAUAACAAGAGCAAACAGAAUCAACAUCAUGGUUGCCUCUCCAUACCAUGCAAUCCCAGGGGGAGAAGUAACACAAAGUCUUCUAGCUCAUGUAACUUCCUAAGCGUAGGUAACCUAAUACCACGAGCAUGUACCAACAGAAGCUUGUUAGCAUAUGAAUGCUUCAACUUAAGAAGACAAGCAUCCUCUUUGAAUUUAAAAAAGACCAUCCCUAACUUCGAGCGACACACAGUAUCAUCAUUCAUUAAAAACCUAAGUGCGCAGAGGUCUAUUCAGGAAAAGAGAUUCAGCGAGAUGGUCAACAAAAGGGAAGCCAUGAAUACACACAGUGGGAAGAAGUCGCUAAUCGGUUCGAAGAGGGAUGUGAGUAGUACGAAGAGGACACUCUCCAAUGUGAAGAGGACAAGGUCUGAGGGAAAUGCUUUGACCAAUUCUUCAAAAAGAGGAACACUGCUAGCCAAAUUAGGCAUGAUGAAUAAAUUGGAGAAAUUAAACAUCCUGAACGAGCUCAGGAGAAUGAAUAAGCUCGCUCAAUCCUCCAAGGGAAAUGGAGGAGAAGGAAAUGUGCGUGGGGAACUGCAGGGGGAACACCUCCUCACUGAACAGCUAUACGAUGAUGACUCUGCAUUUGAGACACUCUGGAACUCCGUGAUGGACGAACAAAUGUCCAUUGUGAAAAGGAUGAACUCACGCAUCAACCACAAAUUUGACCUGUAUCAUAUUGGGGGCCUUAAUGAGAACUACUCCUGGGUGAAGAAUUUGAGGAACUACAGCAACUCGAGGAGCACAUCGAGGCAGAACUCUUGGAGGGGAAGCGUCAAGGGGGGCGGUUCCAGGACAUCCCUCUCCAAGCCCCUCAGCAGGGUGAACAGUAAAGCAGCCCCAAAGAAGAAAAAGACGUCCCUCCGGAAAAGCGCCACUCAGGUGGGCAGCGCGAAUGAGGUGAGCAGCAUCGCCCCGCUCGUUAGACGCCCCUCCCCAGCGCUCUCCGAGGACGACCCCACUAACAACACCAGCGCUAGUAGCGGCGAGGACGAUUACGACCACCACGUGCACGUCAACAAGGGCCUCUACUGCACGGACGACUCGCCCGCCACAGACGGCAGGAGGGAAGAGAGGUACCACCGUAACACAAACAACGAGGUGCCAUCCAUAACGAAAGAUAUAACAAAUCGGUGCGACCCAGGAAAACACUUCCUAGAAGCGGAAGACAAAGCCCCAUUGGAAAAAAUGCCUAAACGAAAAAGCUACACAAAAAUGAAUGAAAAAAUUAUGAACAAGUCAGGUAAAAUAGAACAAACUUCCCAAUCCAAAGGAUCUGCUCCCCCAAGAGUCUACGAAAUAAUUAUUAACGUUCCAAAGAGAGACAAUGCUGUAGGGUACAUGGAGUCCCAGUUUUAUUGUGAAGAGGACCCCCUUGACAAUUCAUAUAUCUCCCAGAGUAACGAAAAACUGGAUGGCUCUGCUGACCAUGGAAAUCGCCUGACUUGUGCAGGUGAAAAUUGCAACUUUGUUCAAAACGAAUGCAUCAAUUUGAAGCUGAAAGGGAGACACGUGUAUAGGAACAUGGGCGAUAAGUGCAGCGACUACUGCAGCGAUAAUCAAAAUUACUUGUCCAACUGGAAGCAAUACGUGAGUAACAAUAUACAAAGAGUGAGCGACUUCGCCAAGGAGAAUAAUUGUGCAGGCGUAUCUCCGCCCACCAUUUUUGCUGAAAAGGGGCAAAACAAUUUUUGUGGUGGAUUGAAAUCUUUGGAUGUAAGAAAAGUCAUGAGUGGAAAGUCAGAAGACUUUAACGCCAAGGCUGUUGUGGAUACCAUGAAGGGUAAGGUAAUUUUCACACAGGGGGGGGAGUAUGAAAACGAUUCCCUUGUGAAAACACCUUCCAAGGGGAGGCACGCGUUGAAUGAUGUAGAGGCGGGGGAGCGACCCCUCUCCUGUGAUAGAACUCUCAACAUUGGUGAUAAUAUUAUGUUGAGUGGGCAGGCAGCCUCAUUGGAAGGGGCACUACUAAAUGAGGAGAACCCCCCACUGAGAGGUAACACCUCAGAGGAUGUACAAAGGAGAGAAGAAAACCGCCUCGAAAAAAUCCCCAGUGUAGAACUCUCCCUGUUGCACGCAGAUGAACUAAAGAAUACGAAUCAGCACAGCGUGGAAAGUGAAAAUUUGAACACAGAUGAUGCAGGAGGGGAUGUACUAGAUGCAUACUUAGGGGUGAUGGAGGGAAAGGAAUUUAUUAUUAAUGCGUCCAUUUUAAGAAAAGAGGAAAAGGAAGGUGCAGCUUCUGUUCUGGGCAAAGCGAAAGAAAUGCUGUACUCAGAUGUGAAGUUGCCCCAUAUUGACAAUUCACUAGACAAAGGAGAAAUUCCCCAUGAAGCACAUUACAACCAAAUGAAUAGAAGACCCACCACGUAUAGCUUCUCAGUCGGCGCGAAGGAUAUAGAAGAGGUGAAGAAGAAAUGGGGGAAGGACAAGGACGACGUGGUGAUGAUGAUGCCCCCCCCUGUGGUAGAAUCAAACACAGAAAAUUACGUGAUGAUAAAAAAUGUUAUACCUAUCCCGAAGCUCAAAUUGGAUAAAAUACAACAGAGCAAAAAUUAUAACUCGUAUGAAGUGUGUUAUGUGAAGGACUCGCAGGAUGGGUUCAAAGUCCCCACGCGUGCAGGCAACCAUGUAGAUGCAGGUGCAGAUGCAGAUGCAACAGGGAAACUUAAUGUUGACAACGUCAGUUACUUGAAUAGAAACCUGUUUGGGGUAGCCAAUCCCACGUGCUUCCCCAUCAUCACAUGCAACAACAUUUCAAUUAAAGGUUCUAUGGACCCCUUCCUGAGCAAAAUGAAUUGCAUGCGUGCCAUCGAUCAAAAUGAAUCCUCAAAUAAUGUCAAUGAGGUAGAUGCAGACACGGACCUACUGCAUCUGGAGAGUAAGUACUCACGAACCCCCCCUUCAGAAGUACCUCCAAUGGGCGACAAGAAACAGGUUCAUUUGUCUGAUGAUGGAUCACGGGAGAAUAGUAACAUGCCCAUCAGGUCCACCACCAUUCACAUUCCAUGUGAUGGUAAUAAGUCAUAUGAAGAAACUGGGUUCACGAGACUAAGAACCAACCUUACAGAUGCAACAACCAACAUCUCUUCCAACAAGACCAAUGUAAUUGUGAUGGUGGAGGGGGAUCUGCCCAUCAACUCGGGGAAGCUACCUCAUUUAGAUCCUCUCCCCCAAGGAGAGAUUAAAAAAAAAGUGGCGGAAGGAGGAGGUGCUACUAACCAGAGUGAGAACAUAUCUCUUCAACGUGCCUCUUCCGUCAUCCCCCAAAUGUCUGCACCUACACUGCACCGAUGUGAUAGCAGCAGUAGUAUCAUUACUGUCUCGAAGCCGAACUUGAAUUGCAUGCAGGGGGGAAAGUCCCUAGCUGGCCUUCGCUGCGGUGACGUCUCUGUGGGGUUACCCUCCAGCGGGUGCGUAAGUGGGUGUGUAGGCGUGUGCCGGGGGGAUGCGCCCCAUGUGGGGCCAGCGAGUGGUCAUCCCGCCGGUCAGGAGGGCGGUGAAGUGGUUACCAGUGAACCGGUCAGCAAAGAAGCGGUCACCAAAGAAGCGGUCACCAAUGAAGCGGUCAGCAAAGAAGCGGUCACCAAUGAACCGCUUAGCAAGCAAGAGAAGAAGGAGGAAGCCCCCCCCAAAAAGUCCUACGCCAAUAUCAUUCUGAGCUUCUUCGGUAUAAAAACAGGAGACGAAAAAGGGAAAGAAGAUCAAGGGGGACAAAACAAGAUGGAAGCAUCACACAAAAAAAGCGAGACAGCAACAUGCACACAAAAGGUCCCCACAAAUGUUAUAAGUAAUCAGGUGCCAAUUGUCUUUAGAAAAAAAUAUCACAAUGCAGAUGGAAGCAAUUGUUAUGUGAAGGCUGUUGGAGGUGGCUGCAUCCUUCCUUCCAUGACGAGCUUUGUGAGGAAUACACAGACAAGGGAAGGUGGUAGCACGGUAGAUAAUGAACCCAAUAAAGGAAAUGUAUUUUUUACAAAUGGGUCUUGUGUGGAUGUGUCUCUCAUGGGUAGAAGAAGUUUCUCCACUCAUUGUCCUAACAUUAACGUGUUGAAAAACGGAGGUAGGUUCUGUAAUGUGGGAUUCAUUCCUAGGGGUGGUAAACACCUGAAUGGUUAUUAUAACGCGCGUAAUGGAGUCAUGUGCAGUAGGGUCGCCGAUCUGCAUGUGAAGCCCAUGAGGUACGUCAGCCAUUCAAGGGGACAGGCACAACCAAACGGGCUACAUGAGCGUAGCGAACGAGAUAGCUUUGAUCGUGGUAAUGGACCAGGCGGACCACACGGAGGACGCGGAGGAGACGGCCCCAAGUUUGGCCCCAGUGGAGACGCAGCGCAGGGAGGCGCACCGCAGGGGGGUGCGGGGAAAGGAUGCAUAGGGAUGCACGUGGCGAAUCAAAGGCAGGGCCUCCCCCCCCAAGUUAGUAGUCACCUCAUGAGUAAUUAUAACUGCGUUGGCAGCAGGGGCGGCAGCUUACACCACAUGAGCGAGAUGGAAGUUGAGGACAUGGUGCAACCGAACAUGGCCUCACGAUGUAGCAGUCGGGGUGCCCCUAAUUGGAGAAUUCCCUGCAGUGGAUCUAAUCUGAGCAGCAGUAGGACCGUGCCAAGUGCCUCCAUGCAAAGGUACCAAAGUGAAAAGUAUUUCACGAGGAGAACAAACGAAACUCAGUGCGAUAAGUAUACAACAGACAUGUUACAAAGGACUCCACUCGAGUUGUCUUCCACAACCACGACUCCACAAAAUCUGCCCCAUGUGGAUAUAACGAACCAGCAACCCUUCCUAGUGAAUAGAACCACUACUGAAAGAAUGAUGGGAGCUGUUCCUUCUAUGACCACCAAGUUAGAAAAAAAACAAACGGGGCUGCCUUUUGUUAAUGCACCAAAUGUGGUGCAAUAUAAUAGGGCCGUUCUAAUCAAUGGGCAAAGGAAAACUCAGAAUUGUCUCACGACGACCCCAACUGACAAGUACGUAAAUAAAGUUAAAAGUACACACUGGGACGAGAGACCUCUACCCAUUCGUAACGCACCUGCAGAUGUGAGUGGCACGUCUGAGUAUGUAUACAGGAAUAGGUUACCAACUGUACAGGGAGAGAUCAACCAAGAGGUUAAGAAAAAGGGGGGAAGCAUUAUGCAGAAAAAGGAGGUGCUUACAGGGGGGGAUAAACGGGUAGAGGCGGAGGAUGAAGAGGUGGAUGAAGUGGACGAAGAGGACGAGGAGGACGAUGAAGGGGACGAUGAUGAAGAGGACGAUGAAGAAGAGGAAGAGGAGGAAGAUGAAAGUGGCGAAGGGGAGGACGAGACAGAAGAGGAAAGUGUAGAGGGGGAACAAGACGAGGACACGGAAGGGGAAAGUGAACAGGGGGAAGAAGAGCAGGAAACCGAAGAGGAGAGUGUAGAAGGCGAAGAAGAGCAGGAGACCGAAGAGGAAAGUGUAGAAGGCGAAGAAGAGGAAGAGGUGGAAGUGGAAGAAGAUGAAGAGGAAGAGGAAGAGGAAGAGGAAGAGGAAGAUGAUGAUGAAGAACAGGAGGAGGAAGAAGAGGAGGAGGAAGAAGAGGAUGAAGAAGAAGAAGAAGAAGAAGAGGUGGAAUAUGAUCAGGACUAUGGGCAGGAUGAGGAAGAAGAAGGAGAGGAAAGUGGACUAGACGUGGAGGAAGACGAAGAAGAGGUGGAAGACCAGGAAAGUGAUCAGGAGGAAGAUGAUGUGGAAUAUCAGGACUAUGGCGAGGAUGAGCAUGAGGAAGAAGAAGAAGGAGAGGAAAGUGUAGAGGGGGAAGAAGAGGAGGAGGAAGAUGAAAGUGCUGGGGAUGAGGGAGAGGACAGUGAAGUGCAGGAGGAGGAGGAAAGUGGAUUGGACGUGGAGGAAGAAGUUGGUAGCACAGAAGAUGAAGAAGACGACGAAGCUGACCAAUCUGGUGACGCCGACGACGAGGCGGAAUCGGAGGAACCCCCCCAUGCGUAUAAAAAUGUUCAAAAGGAAAUCACAUCAGGGGAAAGCGUCCUCCUUCGCAAAAGCACAAAGUGUGUAGAAGAGAAUGGGGCAGACGACAACAGCUACCUGCACGGAAGUGCGCACACGUUACAGGGGGAGGAGGAGGAUGGAACCUUCAGAUUGUCACCAAGUCAUUCUGAUGGUGAAACGCAAGGACAUGUUUUCAGCAAAAAUAUUUCUGCAAAGCAUCCCAUCUCAGAAAGAUCCUCACGCGACACCAUGGCACAAAGUGGCGUCAGUGCUUCCACAAGCGAAGAGCAUAAAGAAACGCACCACCCCGGUGAAAAUUUUCAUACAGAACAAAAGAAGGACAAUGCAUGUGAUGCCAACGGGUCAUAUAAGUACCUAGACGAAAUUUCAAAAAAAAUGGAAUUAGAAAAAAAAGGAAAUGAAGAGCUGAAGAAGAAGCUGCAGGAACAGAUACUCAUACAAAGGGGCCUCGUCCGAAUAAAGGAGCAACAGCAGGUGUACUUGGAACUCCUGAAGAAGAACGACGCGGAAAAUUCAAAGGGGAACGCGCCCGUCACGCAGUUAGGGCUUCAGUGA